UCUAUGCUUAUUUUACAUUUACAUUAUCUUACUUACAAGAUUUAAUUUUAUGAUAUCUUUUCAUAGAAGUUGGAAGCGAUGAAGAGUAAAAACAAAAAAGAGGUCCAACCUAUAUGUGUAGUAUUUGGGGAUACCAUUCUACCCAACAUGGUGGAGAACGACUUGUUAAUUUUAACCAAUAUGGUCAACCUAUUGGGCAAAAUAAAUCAUUAUUUAUUGAGUUUUUAGGAACUAUUGCUCGGAAUGGGAAAUAUACACCAAUUGACAUCAAAAGUUGGGAUAAAAUGCUGAAGUCUUUUAAAAAAAAUAUGUUAGAAGUUGUUCAGGAGAAAUUUGAGAUUCCCCGUUCUUAUGAUGUAUGGGUUCUUCAAUCUAUUGGGAAGAAAUGGAGAAAUUGGAAAGCAGACGUUAAAUCAAAAUAUUAUGACCAAAAAAUGUCUACAGAAUUACAACUAUGUAAUGUGCCAAAAAUGAUACUCAAAGAUCAAUGGAAAAAUCUUGUAACCAAUUGGAAUUCAGAAGAAUCAAAGUGUAUAAGUGAACGAAAUAAAAAGAGUAGGUCAAGAAAGAGUUUGAUGCAUAUAAUUGGAAAAAGGAGUUUCAGUCAAAUGCGUGAAGAUCAGGUUAAUUUUAUAUGUAUAUACAUUUGUGUUAGACUUAAAUUUUGA